GUAAAACAGAUUGACUACUUCCCAAUAAUGUGUACUUAAGUCAUUGUAUAGUCUUUCUGAGUAGUCUUUCUCUUAGCGACUUGUUCUGUAGCUAACCUGUAGGAAAUGCCACAGAAAUAAAAAUAAGCAUGGGAGUGUCGGCGAUACGGCAUGAUAUGAUUGCUACGUUUGUUACCAUAUACGGCUGCAGUAACCUAACUACUAUUAAGAGCAGAACAAGAAAUAUCUCAUCGUGUCUACACUUGAAGUCGUGUCUCUACACAACUAACCAAACCGACUACGAUUCAUAUUUUAGAGUUAUGAAACUGCGAUAUGUAAAAUGAAUGAGAUGCCAUAUUUAAAUAACAAUGGGAUGUAUUCAGAUUUGCCAAAGUAAUGUUUACGGAGACUAUUUUUAUUAUAUGUUUAUUAAUAUUUAUCUGCCCACUUACAAAUUAUAAAAAGUGAAAGAAUGCCAGUAAGGAUUGAUAUAGUUGUGCAAACAGUGACAGGACGUGGGCAUAUGUCAAUGGAGCAUCCACCUCCACCACCACCCCCACCUACACCUUCCUUGGGGCCGAGCCAGAAGAAGCUGUAUCAGGCCAUUGCAGCAGGAAAGUCCCCUGUCAAGGGGGAUCAUGCGGAGGCCCGGUUACUACUCAGUCAGAGGGAGAGCAGUUUCAGGAAGGACCUGCAGUGGAUGCUGUUCAACAAGUACGUGCCUUCCUUGAUCCAAGAUGGCCCACAGUGUGGUCUGGUGGCUUUAUGGAUGGCAGGUCACCUACGUCAGCCCCCUGUGAGUGUUUCCAUGGAGGCUGUGGUCCAGACAGCGCUGGACAGGGGCUACACGGCGCAGGGGGAGAUGUUCUCAGCUGGUGACAUGGCCCUGCUCGCGGAGGAGGUGACUGGCUGGAGGGCCGAGCUCCUUUCAGGAGGGAUGAGGGGAGACAACACUAAGGCCGUCCUGAAACAUCUUGUUGACGGACAACCUGUCCUCAUCCCAUAUGACGAGGACUUCAACCAUGAGCCAUGUCAACGCAACGGACACAGGGCCCAUUGGGCAGUGGCCUCAGGUGUCUUGCUGGGUCUGGACCAGGGGAGCGUGUGCAGAGAACACACCCAGCCCGAUCCCACUCUCCCCUGGCUACUCCUGCCCCAGGAUAGCCCAUCACACCCCUUCCCCACUGCAGGGAUAAGAGAAGCCUACAUCUUAGCCAAGCAGGGUAAGAGCCUGCGCUACCAGCUGUGGAGCCUGGACAAGGUGUCGGAGAGCAACGCCCAGCUGAGGGACAUAGACCCCCAUAGGGCUGGGGAUGGCACACAGUACAUGUUGCCCAAGGGAGGAGUGGAGGCCGGGUUGGCAGGCCAGGUGGUGCUGCUCCACAAUGGAGGACAGACGCAGUAACUACUGGCCGUUUGUCAUGGAACAGCACAGCAGCGCAGUGUCUUGGUAUUCAAGUCUUUAUGAAACACCAGGUGACGAUUGAAACAGUUCUUAUUUUUGUCGCCACACUCUAGACACCGACUCGAUCCUUUACUUUGCAUCACAUUCACUUAUGGUCAAAACAGGCUGUUAUCUUGCUGACAAUGAGAAUGUUGUGACAACCUGUAUUUAUGCUGGGAGGUAUAUAUUCACUGUUGUCAAUAGUUCAAGUAUUAUUGAAACAUGACCAUGUUGUCUAUGAGGGCCUCUGGAUAUGAACAACAAUCACAGACAUGAAUUCUUAUGUAAUCUUAAUGCAAUUACAGGAAAUAAAUGUUUGGUGUUAAAUGAUAGAAGAAAUAAGCUUCUGAAGAAUGAAUGCAAGGAUUUUGUUUCC